GGCUACUGGCUCUACUCACCACAUCCGCCCAACAGAGUGGGCAGUGACAGUGGUGGUGAGAGGGAUAUGGAGAGCAGUGCCCCAUGGUGGUUCUUUCCUGCUGGUGCGCUUCUCUACACAUCGCUGCCAACUCAGCCCCCGCCACCCAGCUCACAGUGCCACCUCCCCAAACACCAGCACAUGGAGCGUGAGCUGCAUGAGGCCCAGAAUAAUCUGAAGGAGCAGAAACGACUGGAGCAGGAGAGAAAGGACCAGCAGAGGGAAACACACCAGCUCAGGAGAGACCACAAACGCCUGAGGGCGAGGUUGCGGAGCGAAGCGGAGAAGAGUGUGUGUGAGGAGGUGGAGUGUCUGGAGGAGACUCUGCAGCGCCGGCGAGCAGAACUCAGAGAGGCCGACCGUCUACUGCUGCACGCACACACACAGAGUAAGGAUGCAAAGGGCCGUUGUGGGGAGACCCAGAGGAGAGUGUGUGAGCUCCAGCAGGACUUGGAGGAGAUGGAGACCAGGGCUCAGGACUACGCCAAGCAGCUGAUACACUCCAAGCACAAGCUCAGUGCUGAGCAGGAGGAACUGCAGAGGCUACAAAAUCAGAGGCAGAAUGAGAAGCAAUCUCUGGCAGCUACAAACACACACUACAAACAGCUAAGGCAGAGGCUGGAAGACAAUGAGCGACUGUUGGAGGAGACAGAGGACAGACUCAGCCAACGCAAGAGAGAGCUGCAGUCACUGGACAAUGAGCUGUGUGCUCUGGACAGGCGUGUGGGUCAGUGGCGAGAGGAGGAGCGCGUCCUACAGACCAGCCUACAGCAGCAUCGGGACACACUCUUACAGGAGCUCACACACGGGGAAGAGGAGACACAGGGUCUACACACACGCAUCAAGGAGCUGCGUGUGUGUGUGGAGACUCUGUCUCAGCAGAAGCGUGAUGUGGAAAAGGAGGUGUGUGAGGGGAGGAGUCACCUAACUCUCAUCAGACAGGAACAGCAGAGAGAGGAGGAGACCCUCAACAAGCUGCUCUCAGAGCUGAAGUGUGUGCAGGAGCAGAAGGUAGAGCAUGUUGCACAGUGUGAGCAGCUACAGCAGAAGUGUCGCCACCUGGAGGCAAGACAGAGACACGCACAGAGGUGUGUGUCUAAUGCAGAGGAGGUUGUAUGUGAGACCAAGGCCAAGCUGACCAGACUAGACUCAGAGCUGAAGCAGAGCAGAGAAACUGAAGAGGAGGUUGUAUGUGAGACCAAGGCCAAGCUGACCAGACUAGACUCAGAGCUGAAGCAGAGCAGAGAAACUGAAGGUGUGGAAGCAUGGUCUGUGCACAGGUGCACUGCAGACGCAGGUCUUGAAAAGGAUGCAAGGCAGCUCUCGGUGGGGGCUCAGAAGGGCCAGAGGCGUCUGGAGGUCUUGGAGCAGCAGCUGACUGCGCUGGACUCUCAGCUGACCCACAAACACGCCCAACUCCAACGCCACCACGAGUCCCUGCAGCAGCAGCAGCAGGAGUGGGCAGAGGCGGAUGCGCUACAGCAGCAGAGGAGGCAGCAGCUGCAGGCCCAGCUGCAGACACUAGAGGGCGCUGUGGCGGAGCGGGUGCAGCGGAUGGAGCAGCUCACUGCAGAGGAAGCAGAGCUGCAGGACUGGAGACGAGCCCUGCACACUGAGGAGGAACAGCACCGGCGCAAAGGGCAGGAGCUGUGUGAGUGGGAGGUGCGGCUGCAGCAGCAGCAGCAGGAGCUGGAGGCCCAGAGGGGGCAGCUGGAGGGGUGGCGCUGUAAGGUGCAGAGGCUGCAGAAACUACUCACCAAACAAACACACAACCUCCAGGAGGCCCAACAGGCAGCAAAGCAGAGUGAACGGAGGACACACAAACUGCAGACGGAGGUGCACACUUUGAGUCAAGAACUUCAGUGUGUCCGUGAGAAGCUUUUUGCCCAAGAGGAGAAGACGCAUGUGUGUGAGAGCAGCUCUGUUGACGCUGGUGCAGAGCCCAGAGCCGGCACGCCGAUGCAGGAACCAGAACCAGAGUUCCCCGCAGAACCCAGCAGCAGAGACCGCCAGAGCCCCUCCCCUCCCUCAGCCCCUCCCCCCCCCCCAGCACAGAGCACGAGCAGCUCAAGGCUCUCUUCACCCCUCCAGGACUGCAGCACUCACCGCACAGGAUGAGCAGUGGCGCGGAGAGCUUCUGAGAGAAAAGCUUGAGCAGCAUGAGGAUGAGCUGAAGGCUCAGCUGCGCCGGCGCAUGUUUGACCAGCAGGAGGCGCUGUGUGUGCGCAGGCAGCAGGCGGAGGGCAGUCUGGACGGCCUGCGUAGGCGGGUGGACUGGCUGGACCAGCUCCUAGACUCAGAGGGCUCUCUGGAGGACAACACAGCCGCACUCAAACCACACAGGCAACAUGAGGUUAGGCUCUCCAGUAGCUGGUG